CAAGAGUGACACUUUGCAUGUGGCAGCGAUGGGGCCGCUUCUUCUCAGAGGACUGCUCCUUACUCGUGUUCCUGGGUCUCUUCUCAACCGCCAUGGCGCCUUUGAAGCUGCCCUUGGAGCGCGCUUUGUCAGCUCUGCGGAGGGCGCCAGUGCAGAAGCCGAUGUGACACCGGAUCUCUUCCUCACGAGGAUCGGCAAGGGGUGCGAGGGCUUGGUCGACAAGUUCCCAGGGGGCCUGCAAGAGAUCCUUGGAAGUGGCGGCCAAAAGUUGAAGAAGAUGGGUGUAGCGGUGAAACAACGUAAGCUGAUCAUGCGACACACAGAGCAGUUCAAGCAGGGAGUGUGGCACCCGAUUCCAGCCGUCUUGAAAGCUAGGAAAGGGCGCAUGCCAGCCGUGGCAACUCCCCUGGCACCUUUGGCAGCGUCUACAACUUUGGAGGACGUGGCAGAGGGGGCAGCCUCAGCGGAAACUGCCGCCGCAGCGGAAACAUCGGAGCCUUCGACUGAGUCUUCAGCUGAGCCUUCAGCCUAGCGCUGACUUCAGAAGCGGAGGGGUCCCCAACUUUCUCAUGUGGCCCCCCGACUGUCAUGGCAGCGCUGGAUAUGAACGGAGUCCAGCGAAGCGAAUUACGAGCAGUUGCCUGAUCAGUUGGACAAACGGCACUCUGAGGCGGGAGGAACCGGAGCUGUCGGAACCAAGAGCAGAAGCUUCGUUUUUCCAGGUUCGCCGCUUGGCAUCCGCACUCAACGUCCUGUUUCAAUCGGAAUGCCCGUUUGUGAGGCAGACGUCAAGCUAGUUCGCUUUGAGGCCCGCCAAAUAGCUACUCCUAGAGUUGUGGUCAAACGUUAUCUGGGUAGAGCGCAUGCCCACACGGUCACUAUUUGGUGUCAGGUUCUGGCAUGCGAGUACGGCGUUUUUUGGCAGGAGCGCCUGUCAGAAACCCGCCGAUCUGCCAUCCCGGGCUUGAGUAGGUUGGUUGCUGGGUUACAAGAUCAUAGAUCAGCAGAAGAUGUUUCCAGGGACGUGUCACCACUUGAUUUGCAGCCGCAAGCAGCAGAAAGCCAGUUUGGAAGACUUUGUUACGAUGUUCUUUCUUAAAAGGCCGUGUCAGUUCGUCGGAACAAUGGGGCUGCUGCGAUAGGACCUAUAUUCGUAGGAGGUGCUUACUCGAGGGGCUUCACGUAUGCAAGAUUCGUUGGAUCGACACCAAGAAUAAAUAUUUGCGGGCAGUUAGGCGCUGCAGAGCUGGCUGCUACUAUAGACGAUCCAAGCUUGCUAAUCAAUCAUGAGAUCCGCGGAUGAAUGCA